CAACUGAAUUUUCGAUGCGUACAAACGAAAAUUGACAGUUUUAUUGGCCUAUGCAUGUGCCUGGCCGUGCAAACUGAUUUAUGUUUUCAAACGGUGACUUGUUUCCAAAUAUCAUAAAUACGUCAAGGCUUCGACAAUAAGAGCCAUUUUUAUACGGCGUUUUCUGCGUAUUAUUCAGAAUAUUUACGUCAUAUUCAGGAUGUCUCUAUGGUUAUUAUUCAUUUUGAAGUAUUAUCACAUCUAAAUUUAAAUCAAAUUCAGACCGGAAAAAAGAGAUUUAAUCAGAUUAAGGAGCCUUGCAUAAAAUGAAAUCGUCACAAUUCAAAGAAAACCUUAACAGGAAGGAAAAUUCCCAUGUCUAGUGUCGAUUCUAAAUCGAGAUGAUGACAAUUGGUGGAGGAGUGAUCUUUACACCUCUAUUAAUUCUCACUUCAGCGAGUCUUGUUUAUUAUUUGUGUAAUGUCCAAAAUCCGUAUAUAAAUUGGUUUGUUUUGGGUUAAAAUGUUCAUUAAAUUCUUACAUAAACUCCAGGUGACUCAUUCCAUUCGACAUUUCAAACGUAUUGGACAUUGAGUUUGAUUCGUGUGUUUGAAAAUGCAUCAAAAAUUGAGCCACAAACCAAUGAAACUGAAGUGGAUCAAUUGAACCCAUCAAACACCGGCGUUUGUUUCGGAGUUUCGGAUCUUUAAACUAUAUAGAAAUGGAAUGAGUUGUAUGUUGCGGCAAAAAAGUAAAGUCGGCCAACUUGAUUGAAUUUUAAAAAUUUUGUAUAGAGAUGAAUUUACAUAGAAAAUUAUCGCAAACUGCUCGAUAUAGUUAAUUUUAGCCAGACAAUAGUCGGAAAUUGAUCGGCUAUACACGUGCGCUCAUUUUUCUAGGCAAUCCAGUAAUAAACAAAAAUGGAGUAAUAUCUUCAUGCAAAAAAGGUGAUAAUUUGAAGGAAAAAAAUUGAUAUUGUUGUUAUAAAUAAAAAAAAUUCUGUCGUAAUAAAUGCUCAUCAUUUUGCAGGUAACAACUCUUUCAAUUUGUGGUGCCGGUGUGUUUUUUGUCGUGAGUCACGGUAGUUCUUGAUCUAUGGCAUAAUUUUAAUUUCACGAAUAAAUUGGUCUACCCCAUACAGUUGCUGGACUAAUUUUUCCAUCGGCAAUGACGGUAUCUUCUAUUUGCUAGUGCGAUCGGUUGGAUUUUGUCAGUAAAAUUCAAUAGUUCAGCAAGUUCUAUCAGGCAAAAGUCAUAAUCUUUUUCAAAAUAUUUAAACAGAUGAUGUUUUUCACUUUGAUCUACGAUACAGGAUCCACCACUUUUGGCAUAUGAUCAACCGGCACGAUCGUAAUACCUUCACCAACUCUAUAAUUUUAAAAUAGUUUUUCAAGUGUAUAAAACUAGAGAAUCUACAGUGAAAUAACCCAAUACAACAAUGGCCAGCUGUAAAAACCUAACGAUCUGAGGCAAUUGAUCCACCGCAAUUGUGUGAUAUCUUUCCAUCUUUUGAUGACACUUGCCAUGGAUUUUCCAUCUUUCGUCACCACCAACAUAUAAUGUUUUUCAUUUAAGUGAGAAAUCAAACUUCCUGGGAUCAGCACGAAAAUAAUCGAUGAUUAAUACAGUGAAACAUUCCAAAAAGUUUCCCUUUGUAAAGUUUCUAAAAGAUGUCUCAUACCUGUCGUCAAACCGAUUGAAAAAAUGAUAACAAAAAUAUUUGCUGCAAGAAUAUCAAGUGUUUGUGAAUAUCAAGUUCAUUUUAAAGCUAUUGAUUUAGACGCUUUUCAACCGAACUAGACAAUAGUUGCACACGUGAGUCAUAAUUUGGUUUGAAACAAAAGCGAUAAGAUACAUGUAUAUAUAUUUAUAGUUCGCACAGUUGACGUGUUUGUUGAUCGUUGGAAAAUGUAUGAAAUGUUUGUGAAAUUCAAACUAACUUACAUAAAAAAUAACGACAUAGCAGCAAAUAAAUAAUUUUUUAUUGCUUCGCUGUCAUUUUCAUGCUACUCUUCUGAGAAUAUGAAAUAGAAAUUACAUUAUUAACAGCUUGAGGUUGAAAAAAUGCACUUUUUGUUGAUUAUGCACUGUGAUAAGCAAAUGAACCAUUUGUCAAAUCUUCACAAAAUGCAAUAUAAAAAAGGAGUUCACCCGGAACCAACGUUCAUUGUGGCAUAGCAAAGCAUCAGAACAAUUUGUUUAUAUUUAUUUUUCACUAUUUUUUUUGUUCAAGAUGAAGUUAAUUCCGUGUGCUCUUGUAUUUUGUAUUUUAUUUGUGAUCCAAGUUGAAUGUAUUCUUCAAGGCGAACGAACUUCCAUAACUAACCAUCCGUAUCUCGUGUCAAUUCGUGAUAAUAAAACCAAAAUUCAUAUGGCUGGUGGAUCAAUCAUAUCUUCCCGUUUGAUAUUGACAUCGUCAUUUAUGCUUGACGGUUAUGAUGAUCCAAAAUUCAUUAGUGUACUAGCUGGAACCAGCGAUCUUAGUGCAGGAGGCACAAACAUAAAAAUCGAACAAAUCAUUAAAUAUAAAUAUGAUCACGCUGACAUUGCUCUACUGCGAACAACAAAGGAUAUCAUUUUUACGGAUUCUAUUCAACCAAUCGAAAUUCCAGCAAUCAAUUUUGGCAAUUCAGAUGCCAACGCCAUAGUUGCCGGAUGGGGAAAAACAAAAAGUGAAGACACAGCUGAUUACACUUCGGAAUUGGGAAUGGCCAACUAUUCGCUAUUAGAUAAUUUUAACUGUAAAUUGCGAUUGAAAGAAGCUGAUCCAGAGUGGACGCCAAUAAUUAAUGAAAAGAAACUGUGCACAGUUCAAAAUUUACCCACCACUGGCAUUUGUAAAGGUGAUUUAGGUUCACCAUUAGUACUACCAACAUCAGGAUCAAAGCAUCUUCUAAUUGGAAUCGCAUCUUGGUUUCAUUGGAAGAAGUCUCCAUGCAGCAACGGAUAUCCAAAUGUUUACAGCAACGUUUAUGCAUACCGUGAUUGGAUCGCAAAAGGUGAUGGAAAUGCCAUUCGUGCAACAAGCUUCGUAUUGAUUGCUUUAGUUGUUACGCUUCUUUCAAUUUUCUGAAUCACAUAGAUGUGUUGAAUUUUGCUAUAUAUUCGACAUUCAUAGGACAUGUAAUGACAAUAAUAGGAAACUCUUUUAGUUCUUAAAAUCUAAUAAAGAAAGUGCCAACAGCUGUACAUAGGAAUGUCCAUAAGAAAGUGCCCUCUUUGUCAAAUAUCUUGUUGUUGGUCAAGAAAAAGUGUGUAUAGUUUCCUGUUGUUGUGUAAUGAUCAUAAUUGGCUAUUUCCUGUUUGAAUCAAAAAUAUUUAAUAAAAGCACUGUCACUAUAUUUCAUGUGAACUAUACUCAUCUCCUCAUUCAAAACCUUAUCCGAAUCCGAUUUACAUUACCUUUAUUUUGGAACUGAUACAAAUUUUCGACCAAUUUAAUAUCAACUGAAUUUUUGAUGCGAUACUAAGCGAAAUGUGAAUGAAAUACACGUCAUUUUCUGUUACUUCCACAUACAAGAAGGGAUUUUCAAAUAAACUUUUCACAACCAAAUAGAAAAUAGAUUUUAUUUGUAGAAAGCAAUAAGCAAUAAAAUGAUAGCGCCUCGCAAUUGCCAAGAGAAAUUCCAACGAAAACUCAACUUUGUUGAACUCUAAUUGAAUUAAACUAAAUGAAGAAAUAUCAACACAAAGUAGGAAUUCAAACUACGUUCUAUCGUUCUUUCCAUUUCUGUUGCGUAAAUAUGCAUAUCGAUUAGUUGUAGAGUGUGUUUUUCUUUUUCUGCAUUGCAACAAUGUAACUAUGUUCUUUCUCGAAAUAGGAUAAAACCAGAGCAAGUUCGUUCAAAUUAGCAUACAUAUUAGACGUAACAUUUACUGGUUUCCGUGAUAUCGGCAAUAAUUCGUCGAAUUUUAUGUCGUACGAUGAUGGCGCAUUGCCGACAUUUGGGCUCGAACAUUCUCCUUAAUUAGACGGAUUUUUGCACGCAUGUUUCUUAUUACACAUGUCUUGAUGUUUGGCACUUCAAUCCAGUCGUAAUAAUUAAAGCAAAGCUUGGCUACCAAGCAGCUUACUCAGUACACAAACUAAUCAACGUGCUCUGUAUAAAAGUAUUUGCAGUAAAUUAUGUUCAAUUUUGUUAAAGUUUUACUUCACUUUUACAUACAUUUACUCGAGGUUCCGACAAAGUUGAGAGGCAAAACCAAAGAAUUCCCAUAAACUAUCGAUUUCAACGACUUUGUGAAUACUUACCGGGUCACAAGUACAAGCUUUCAUUGGAAUUUAUCGUUGUUUCAAAUUACGACUGCACUCAACGUCAGUUCAUUGUGGCAGGUUGAAAAGGCAAAACUUAUCGAAACUAAAACUCAAUCUAAGCCAACUAAUUCCGUUUAGGUUUUGCUUGAAAUUGAUACAAUUUACCUUUCAAAGCUGGAUGCGACGAAUCUCGUUACAAUGAAAGCACAUUUUUCAUGAGCAUUCCGAAUGUUCGGUUCAAACCAAUUUCUAGCCAGAGAACAAAUAUCCAUCGAUGAUUCACCAUUAAGAAGGAGUGUUAAUGGGUCAUUCAUUCCAAUACCCAUUUAAUCGAAAAAAAAGGCAUUUGAAUGCAACCGAUUUUAAUACGAAAUGCAUUUUAUUCGCGAUUCGACCUUGGAUGUAUACCUCCAUUGAUGCAUCAAGUGUCCGUUUAAUAAAAGAUACAAAGUAAAAGCCGUACGUGCAUUAAUUGGAUAAUUGGCGUGGCAUCCAAACUGCUCGCGCGCGCACACAUAGUACUCAACAAAAUCGAAUGCAUAUUCAGUUUUUUAAUCUUUAUUGAGGUUUAUUAUAAAAUUUUUAAUUGUUCUUCCAUAUUCACUGAACACCGAACAAAUGUACAAUCAAAAAGAUAUGAAGAGUGGUUAAUAAUAGGAUUGGCUAGUGCAUUGGAUAAUUUCAUUUUGUUAAUGGUUUCUUUUUUUCUCGAUCGGGUGUCGAUGGCAAGCGAGUGUAUACGUUUGUGUUUAGUUUUUUUUUUCUUCUUCUUUUUAAACAUCAAUAUCUAAUGGAAAACGGAUAUAUAGAUAAAAAAAAGCGACUGUGUCUAAAAUAGAAUAAACAAAACGAAAAAAAAGAAGAAAUUCAAAUACAAUCCCAGAAUUAGUCACAUUGACCGAAAUGAUUUUGGUCUUAUUACAUUUAUUAAGUUCUUCAAAAUUUAUUUUGUUGUUGUUUUGUUUUUGUUAUUCUCUGAAUAAUAAUAAUACAAUUACAAUGGCAAACAAAUUAGAUACAUCCGUUUUAUUUGUUUAGUGUGAAACAAUGAUGUGUUUCGUGUGUGCGGAACACGACAAUGAGAACGAAACUGAAUGCAGAGAGAAAAUAAAAAGUACAUCGACUAUAUCAGUCAAAGAGUUAAGUGUUGAUUUCUGGUUGAAACGAUAUGUACGAUGAGUGGGAACUGGGGAAUAGAACAGAACAGAACAAAAGCAAAAAAAAACUGAAUGAUUUUAAAGGAGCCAGUUAAUCGAGUAUCAACCAUAAACGACGUUAAAGUUUACGUUGUUUGUUGGCUCUUUCAAUGGCAGUCGUUAGCGUUGGAUGUUCCAUUACUCAUUCUGCAUUUUAGCUUGAUGCAUUCAUUUCUUUGUUGUUAUUGCUUUUGCUGCUGUUGCUGUUUGCUGUUUGCUGAUGCUCUGCCAAAAUGAGCAAAAAGUUAAUCUUCUUCACUUGCGUUUAUUAUAUACAAAAUAUUUCUUAAAUUGUUACGUUUUUAAAUUAAAAUAAUCAAUAACAUCUUUAAGUAAACAAUGAAUUGAAACGGUUGUUGUGGGUUGUUCUUUGUGCGCCUUGUUCAAUCGUACACGAUGACAAGUUCAUUUAUUCUCUUGUGUGACACUGGUGAAAAAGAGGCGACCAAUUUGUCUUUCUCUGUGUGUUACAACGGUUUGAAAGGAGAAAAAAAAACUAGCACAAAUGGAUUAUCUUGCUGUCUUUGAUGCGGCCGCUCAAUUUUCAAACAUAUCUAUUUUCAGAGAGGUGAUUUUUUUUAAGGGCUAUAAAUAAAACUCCGUUUUAUGGCAUUUUGCGACAUUUUUCACGUUUCUUUCAAAUAAAGUAAUAAAUAUGGAUGCUAAAAGCACUUUUGACAGCGAACGAUUUAAAUUUAGUUCGUUUGGCUCAUAAAAUUAAGCUCCUUCUUUUUCACCGUGAUCUACAUGGUAGGCAGUAUAUACUUCACUCGCACAGAAAGGAAAAGAAAUCACUGGAAAUCCAUUCGGAAGAGAGAAAAAGAAAAAUUAAAACCCAAUUCAGAGCUCCCAAUGAAAGAAUGACGUUAAAACGAAAAAAAUAUGAUUACAAAUACAUCUAUAUACGUUAGGUAAAACAGACCCUACAUUUUACAUUCACAAUAUUCAAUGUUUAAUUUGAUUAAUUUGAUUUUUAUUUUUGCUGCUUGCUUCUUUAAUUUAUCGAUAAAUCCUUAAUGAAUGAAAUUACGAGCUAUUACCAAGAGACGUUUAAAUGUGUGUGUGUGUGUGUGUAAUUUUUUGUUGUUUGAUCUCGUUAAGAAUUUAAAUUUGUUGCUGUAGCUACCGCUGAUGCAUCUGAUUCACAUCUUCUUGUUAUGCAGGUCGUAAUUUGCGUUCUUUUUUUUGUUUUGUUUACUAAAUUUAUACCUUCGUCUUUAAUAUAGUUUUUGUUGUUGUUGUUUAUAAUAAUAAUAAUAUUAAUAAUAAUCAUUGAUACAUCUUAAAUAAAUAAAUAUGGUUUAAUUCAAUGUAAAUCUAAAAUAAAAAUUAUGCCAGAGGAGAAAUGAAUUACAAUAUCAUUUUAUCAUAUUUUGUUUUUAGUUGUGCUUAAAUGUUAAUGUAAAGAGUGUAUGUUGUUUGACUUGUUUCUUUUUAUUCAUCUUCUUUUCUUUUUCGUUUUUAAUGAUUCGUGAGUGUUUAUCUUAGUUGAUUUUCUUUUUCAUCAAGAUAUUAUUGAUAAAUGAUUAUUUUUUGUAUCGAUCAUAUAUUUUGUUCGUGUUUUUUUUUCUUAUUCUUUUACUGUGUUUUGAUGCAUCGCGUGGUGCAAGGCGGCGAAUGCACGCACGCUUGUGUAAUUCCAAUGACACAGGCUUCAUUCAAGUGUGUUGUAAUUGUAAUAAAUAGGUUAUUUAUCGUCUUUAAAUUAAAUAAUUAUUGCAAUUCGAGAAUAUACGUAUGUUUUGGCUUCUCUCCUGCGACGAGCAGAAGAAGAAAAGUUUGUGAGUAAUUCGAUGCAGUUUGUUU